AUUCGUUCCAGCCCAUUUUCAUCUCUCAAUCCAAGUCAACUAACCAUCAACCAAGGAGCUCCCCAGGCCAUCGUAGGAAGCAGAGAACACCUCCCCCAGGCCGUCGCAGGAGCACAGGACACCACCCCUAAAGACGCCGCCGUCACCUCCCCGGACAGGGUGACGGAGACCGCCGCCCUCGCCCAUGUCUUCUUCCUACGCCUCGCCUCGCCUCCAACGACUGUCAAUCGCGGCCGUGGCAAUUCCGCCGCCGUCGCCGCCCUAUUUUGGGCUAGGGUGAGUCGCCAUCUUCUUCUUCUUCUCUGCACGAUACCUUCUCCUUCUUCUUGUUCCCUAGCUUCAUCGGUCUCAAUCCGCCCCCCUAUUUCAGAUCUGGUGGUGUUGGGGCUGCUGGGGCUCGGGUGAGGCAGGGAGGUGGUUGUUUUGGCGGCUUUGGGGUCACGUGGUGCGGCGGUGUAGUGGUAGAAUGCGGCAAUGGCGUGACAGUGGUGGCGGAAUGUGGUGGUAGAAUGUGGUGUGGCGUGGAAACUUACCGGAGGGCGGUUGCCGGAUUAAUUUGUAAGUCACUAUGAAAUUGUCACUACGAAGACGUCACCGUAAACUUGUCACUGUGGCCGGCGAUGGUGGCUGGAGGCGGCGGUGGUCGGAUGGCGAAGAUGUCACUGUGGUGUGUGGUAAAGGUUGGGGCUCACUACAGAGUUGUCACUGUCGAGUUGUCAUUGUCGAGUUGUCACUGCCGAGUUGUCACUGUGACCGGCAACGUUGGCGGCGACCUGUGGCGGCGGCGGCAACGACCUGCGGCAGCGACAGUGAUGUCAGUGACACAUGUCAUGGCAGAGGAGGUGUCACUGUGGUCGGUGAUGGCGGGGAUGUCACUGUGGAGAUUAACUUUGAAAAUGUCACUACGGAAAUGUAACUGUGCAUGAGUACCAUUUUUGUCUAAAUGUAAAUAUGGUCACUUUUUUGUAAAUCAGCCUCAAUU